AUGGUGCACUUCAGUAUCGUGGUACCGGCGGUGUUUGGGCUCUUUUUUGCUGGUGUGAAUGCACUGAGCAAGAAACAGCUUCUGAACCAGACGUAUGAUUAUAUCAUCGUCGGCGGUGGGACAUCGGGCCUGACAAUCGCCAAUCGAUUGACUGCAAAUGGCAAACGCUCCGUCCUCGUCGUCGAAUACGGCGAACUCAACAACGAUCCGUCCAUUCUCCUCCCCGCAGACACUUUGAAUUUCCAUCUCGAUCGCUUCUACAACUUGACCUCCCUUCCCAUCCCUGGCCUCAACAACGUCACCUCUCGAGUCUCGGCAGGUGCACUCGUUGGCGGUGGCUCAGCCGUGAAUGGCAUGUUCUUCGACCGCGGCUCGGCGUCUGACUACGAUGCAUGGGAGGCCCUCGGGAACCCGGGAUGGUCGUUCAAAGACCUACUGCCAUACUUCAAGAAGAGCGUCACAUUCACACCUCCAACUCCUGAAGUAGCGGCGAAGUACAACUAUACCUGGGAUGUGGAAAGCGCGUAUGGAGGCCAUGGAGAGGUACAAGUCUCCUACCCCCCAUACCAGUUUCCAGGGCAAGAGUUCGUCUGGGAUGCGUGGAAACAGAUUGGUGUAAAGAAGCCGAAGGAAUCUGCGAAUGGGGAGGCGAUUGGUGCCAUUCAGGCACCCUCGGCGCUGGAUCCAGUGAAGAGAACGAGGAGUUAUGCUAGGACCGCGCAUUAUGACCCUUUCUCGAAUCGCUCGAAUUAUCAUCUUUUGACGGGGUAUCAAGCCACUGAGCUGUUGUUGAAAGAGGGUGGAGACCUGGAAGCCGUGGGUGUGAACAUUGUUAAAAAGGGUACAGCUGAGAAGAUUGCUGUCGUCGCCAAGAGAGAAGUCAUCGUUGCGGCUGGAGCGGUGUGGACGCCGUGGCUUUUGCAACGAUCUGGCAUCGGCCCCAAGUGUGUACUGGAGAAAGCUGGUAUCAAAGUGAGGAAGCACUUGCCAGGUGUUGGGGCCAACUUUCAGGAUCAUCCUCUUGGUGGUGGGAUUUGGAACUGGACAAAAAGCACGCUGUAUCCGACACCAGGUACCUUGGCGGGCAACGCGACCUUUUACGAGGAGGCGAAGAAAGAAUACGAACAAUUUCGAACGGGACCACUGACUCCGGCACGAGGCAACCAAGCUGCCUUCUUACCUUUGAAGACGGUGGAUCCAGAGGGCUGGCAAUCCAUCGUUGCAGCAAUUGCUGCUCAGAAUUCGACAGCGUACCUUCCUGAUCAAUACGAUGAGACGCUCGUGAAAGGCUUCAAGGCGCAACAAAAGUUGACCGCAGAAUUACUAGCUAGGGGGGACAGCGCAGCGUACGAGUUCCCUUUUGGAGGCGGCCCGCUUGGAAACGCCGUCCUUAUUCGACCACUCAGUCGCGGAACAGUCAACAUCAACACCACGGACCCGUCCAGCGUCCCCGUUGUCGACUUCCGCACUUUCAGCAAUCCCCUCGACAUUAAGACGGCGAUUCCCAUAGUUCACUUCGCUCGACGCUUUAAUUCCCUAUCUUCCUUUUCCUCCCUGGGGCCCGUUGAGCUCACGCCCGGCCUCAACGUUACAAGCGAUGCCGCCAUCGAGGCAUAUCUCCGCACCACAUUCAAUCCCACUUUUGCCCAUCCGUCUGGAACCGCAUCGCUGUUACCAGAGGAGUACGGAGGAGUGGUCGGCCCGGAUCUCAGCGUUUAUGGGGUGGGCAAGUUGAGCGUGGUUGAUGCGAGUGUGAUUCCGUAUUUGCCGGCUACGCAUAUUUGCACGACGGUGUAUGCGGUUGCAGAGAAGGCGGCCGAUGCGAUCAAAAAGAGGACUGCGUGGGAUGACUAACUGGUUGUGGUUGAUACUUUCUGGGGGGAAGUCCGCAAUCUGACGAGGGG